CGCGAACAUUCACGAGGCUGUUUUCUCAUCCUUCUUUCCCACCAUCUGCUUGCGAUACCUUUUACUGACAACUCACGACUAACAUGACUGUCCGGUUCAUAAAUUGGCGGUUGGCGCUUUAUGUCUCCGUAUUUCUCAUUUCAGGCACGGUGCUUGGGCUUGCCGCGCACCUUGCCAGCGUAUUUCUCCCAAAUUUGCACAGGGACUUUACGAUUUUUGGCUUGAUCAUUCCAUCUCUGACCAUAUUUGCGUUUAUGAUAACGCUGCAAUGGGCCCAAGCAAGAACUGAAGCGGUGGUGCUGUUCAUCUUGGCGGCUCUGUGGCUUGCCAUGGGCUCCUGGUCGAACGACAUAAUCGGCACUUAUCAGUGCGAUUCUCUCUCCGGGCAGAGAGUUGCAACGACCAAGGGAGACAUGAGCGCCCAAUCAUACUGUUACGAAAUGAAAGUCAUCGAAGCUUUCUCUUGGAUGAACUUUGUGCUCCUUGCAAUCUCGUUCAUCAUUCUUCUUGCUCUGGUGACUCAAGCACAAAAAUUGGGUCGAUACGAUAUCUGGAGGGAACCCAUAAAAGAACUCGGAUGGUUCGGAGAAUGGCCUGGCUAUUACAACACCUCUCCGGGCAUGCCUCAUUACCCUGUCGGGGGUUAUGUCCCCUACGGCGUCCCCAUGCAGGCAGGUACUGGCAUCACCCAACAGACCGGAAACUCGAUUGUCAUCCAGCCUGGUGUUAAUGGCCAACCUCCCACAAUCACUCAAGUCCCCUUCGGCUCUGCCAUCCAUACUCAAUGAUUUUGGACAAAAUUUCUUUACGAACACGAGGU